CGUCUAGUCAACCUUGCAGUUUACGCGUGGCCCAGUGAGACAGUGACAGGCUAGUGAAAGAGGUCGGAGUGGCUGGAUGUAAAGGCAAAAUAAUCGUAAUUCAAAAUUGUACAGAUCAGUGGAUUUUAAGGCAAUCCAAUAAGAGUGGACGUUGAAGUGAAAUUUAUGUUCCAAUCGGGAACUCUUCCCUCAACAUGAGGGACCGUCAAUGAUUCAGGCAUUGAACAAACAUGUUGCGAAGUUCAAUAUCCUUAUUUUAAGUAUUGGGUUAGAGCACUCAGCGCAAUUACGCACGGCAUCAAAAUGGUUUCAUUUGUGGAUAGACGUGCCCCUGCUUUGUUCCUCGUAUGGGGCUACUGCGUCCUGGCGGACACAGUAUUUUCUAACUUUACCCUGGACAAUGAGGUCCACUCGAGUUUCAUCCACCGGCGGCUGAAAAGCCAGGAGCGCAGGGAGAUGCAGCGGGAAAUCCUAUCGAUACUCGGGCUCCCACACCGGCCGCGACCGCAUCUCCACGGGAAGCACAACGCGGCCCCAAUGUUCAUGAUGGACCUGUACAAUGCCAUGUCCACGGAGGGGGAAGAGGACGCGUACUCCUAUCCAUACAAACCCGUCUUCACCACCCAGGGGCCGCCGAUAGCAACUCUACAGGACAACAACUUGCUAAACGACGCAGACAUGGUUAUGAGCUUUGUCAAUUUAGUGGAGCACGAUAAGGAGUUUCUCUCGGUCAGGCGGCACCACAGAGAGUUUCGUUUCGACCUAUCACGUAUUCCCGAUGGGGAAGCGGUCACCGCUGCAGAGUUCCGCAUCUAUAAGGACUUCAUCCACGAGCGCUUUGAGAAUGAGACCUUCCGCAUCAGUGUCUACCAGGUGCUGAAGGAACACAACGACAGGAAGUCGGACCUGUUUCUGUUGGACUCGCGGGUCAUCUGGGCGGCUGAGGAGGGGUGGCUGGUGAUUGAUGUGACAUUGACCAGUAACCACUGGGUUCUGAAUCCUGGACACAACCUGGGCCUGCAGCUGGCUCUGGAGAGCACUACCGGUGAGAGUGUGAACCCGCGGAUGGCAGGGCUGAUCGGCCUCAGUGGUCCUCAGAAUAAACAGCCCUUCAUGGUGGCCUUCUUCAAAGCCACAGAGGUGCACCUGCGCAGCAUCCGCUCAGCACCAGGGGGCACCAAACAACGCAACCCCAACCGCUCCAAAGGGGCCAACAAGGGCCAGGAGGCACUCCGAGUGACCAACAUUGCAGAGAACAGCAGUGCUGAUCAGAAGCAGGCAUGCAAGAAACACGAGCUCUAUGUCAGCUUCAGAGACCUGGGGUGGCAGGACUGGAUCAUAGCUCCAGAGGGCUAUGCAGCUUAUUACUGUGAGGGAGAGUGUGCCUUCCCUCUUAACUCCUACAUGAAUGCCACUAACCACGCCAUUGUGCAGACACUAGUCCACCUAAUAAGCCCAGACACCAUUCCUAAGCCCUGCUGUGCUCCCACCCAUCUCCAUGCCAUCUCAGUGCUCUACUUUGACGACAGCUCCAAUGUCAUCCUCAAGAAGUACCGCAACAUGGUGGUCAGAGCCUGUGGCUGCCAUUAGACUACAGCCAACCUCGAACCCUCACAACACACACACACAUUCCUGCCUCUAAAUAUCCCUCAACGCACGUGACUUUCAUCUAGAGACUUGAAUGGACACAUGAAUGAACUACAUGUCCUAGAGUGCCUUGCCGUGCUGCUGGAUAGGAGCUACAUGAGGACUGGCAGACAAUCAUGAUUAUUGAGUCCAACUUGGAACACACACAACCCCCCCCCCCCACACACACACACUCUCUGUGCUUUCUACUGUGUAUGAGACAUUUUAAGCAGUGAUUGUAUAGUAUUACACAGUCAACAAUAUUUUGUUAAUGUCAAUAUGUUUUCUGUGUAGUUAAAGGUGUUUUUCUAUAUAUUUUUGAUCUAUAUUGUUUUUGUAUGCUUUUUAUGACUGAAAGACCAGGCUCGAGGAAGUGUGGAUUCUCUAUUAUGGACUCUUCAUGUACAUUACUGUGUAAAUAGUUUUUCAAACAAAGAGAAGCGUAUU